AUGUCAUUAGUUGCUUUAGCCCAUACCUGUGCACAUUUGCAAAAUUGUACUCGAGUUAGAUUAUCAUUAACUUCGAUUCCUUAUUCUAAACUACAGUUGCAAUUCGCUUAUAAUCUCUAUAAACAGGGUUUCAUUUCUUCAUUACAAAAGGGGUCUACGAAAGGACCGGAUAAAGAAUAUGUAGAAGUCACUCCAGAUAACAUUUCUACAAGAAGGUUAUGGUUAGGGUUGAAAUAUAGAGAAAAUAAACCAAUUUUGAAUAAAUGUCAAUUGAUUUCAAAACCAAGUCUACGUAUCAUGUUAAAUAAUAGUGAUUUAAAGAGAUUAUGUUCCGGUAUCAUGAUUCGUAAUGUUAAACCUCUACAGCCUGGUGAAUUGAUUCUGGUUAGAAGUAAAGGUACUGUUAUGGAUAUUAAUGAAGCCGUUCAGAAAAAACUUGGUGGUGAGGUUUUAUGUAGAAUAGAUUAA